CACAACCCAACCCGUCAUGCCAACCUACCCAACCCAAUACAAACCCUAACCCUCGACCAGAUCAUCUUAACCCGACCCCAGCAGCGGCUACGACGUCCUCGCUUCCUUCACCAUGUGUUGUGUGGAGUUUCAGCCUCUGAUUCCUAAUGGUGAUUCAACCUCCAUCGCCACCGAUGAGGUGCCAUCGCUGCCUCAAGCAAACAACUGUUGGCUGAUCAAGAUGGAAGAAUCCACCCGAAGUAAGCUACAGCUACUAAACCCAAUCUCCAACCUCAAUCUCCGCUACUCUCUGAUUGAACUUUCGCCCCAUCCAAUUGAGCACCUCAUUCCGCCUCAAACACCAAUUCUGAUGCCCAUCCUUCGAGAUUUAAAAAGUCCUUCUCUUUCCCCCCUCUACCUCGAUGGCAUCCUCCCCACCCCAACAUCAACAGUUACCGUCAUAGCCAUUUUCCACGAAGGAAACAUUGGCUACUGGAGAAACGGAGACAAGGACCAGACUUUCUUAGACGGCAGAAACUUGGAUUGCGACGACUUGACCGAUUAAGGAAGUGUCUCUGAUUGAUUCGUCGAACUCUACUAACCCCCGCAGUUCCUCCACGGCGGUGGGCAGAAGAAUCUGGUGGAGUCCGGGGGAGAUCUGUACUUGGUCAAUAGGUGCGGUUACCAGUAGCUCCCACCCAAUCCGAUAUCUCGUGGGAACAAGGAGGGGCAGGAGAUGGAACCCCUUUGAUUUCAAAGUUUAGCUAAAUGAGGAAAUCGAGGGAUCGGUUGAAGUGAAGUCAUUGAGCGGAUGAUGAUCUAAUGUUUGUGCUGACGACAAAGUGUCAUUUCUUGGCGAAAGCAGAGCCAUGGCAGAAGAGAGGGUGAGAGAGGCAGAAGGAGUAGGAGGAGGAAGAUAAGGAUGAGAGAGGCGAACAACGGUCCCCGCGAUCGGCCUAAGUUCUAGUCCUUAAGCCUAAUUCUUUAAGAAGAAUCUUAAAACUUUCUUAUUGGCUGAUAGUGGAUUAGAUAGUUAAUGGAGAUUAGUAGUUAAUAGGUAGCUAAGGAUAAAUAGGAUUAUGAAAA